AUGUAUUUUAAUCCAACGUCAAAUAAUCCGAUGCAGAUUAGACCAAACUUGCAAAAUCAACAAAAUAACAGCCAGAUGAAUAAUAUUGGUCAAAAUCAAAAUUUUGCUCCAUUUAUCCCACAACCUCUACAACAACCUCCAAUUUCACAGCCUUAUGGCUACAAUAAUUUUUCAGCUAUUCAACACCCUUUAAAUAAUAAUUUUCAACAAAAUAUCCAAUCAAACCCAAAUAAUUCUACAAAUUCUUGUAAUAAUCAGCCUCAAAAAGUUGAAAAUUAUGAAAAUUUAAAUAUUCCAAAAAAUGGAUGGAUUGUUGAUAAUUUGAGUUUUACGAUUGAAAAAAAGUCUAUUGAACUUGUAAUUAAUUUGGAGGACACGAAAAUUGGAAAAAAUGGAAAUAAUAAUUCGAAAGCUGCAAUGGAUGCAAUUAAAUAUAUUGAAAAAUUGCUAGUUGAUUGUUCUUCAAAAAAGGAGGAGAAUAAUAAUGAGGAAUUAUUGGAAGAAAAAAUUAAAGAAUUAAAUUUAAAUGAUAAGGCAAUCUUAUUUAUAAUAAAAAAUAUUUUUUUUUAA